AUGGCCUCAGGAUCCGGUCCGGACUCAGGAGCUGAAGGAGCUAAGGCGUCAACUGGCGUCGCCUCUGGCAUCGCGGGCUCGUCUCUCAACCGCCCCUCGUCGCCUACACCCCCCGGCGGACCACGCACGGCUAUGCGCCGUCGCGCUGCUGCAGAUCACAAGGAAUCUAUCCGGAAUGCGCGUCCAGCGUCCACACGCUCCGCUGGUGCGGGCGGCUCUUCGGGUACCAUGCUGAAGCUCUAUACAGAUGAGAGCCCUGGCUUCAAGGUUGAUCCCGUCGUGGUGUUGGUGUUGAGUUUGGGCUUCAUUUUCUCUGUUGUUGGAUUGCAUGUCAUUGCCAAAAUCACACGGAAAUUCUCUUCAUAA